GGGAGCCGCUCUCCACCAGGCGGUCCCCGCGCGGCUGAGCCCGGGCCGCCCGCGCCGCGGCCCCCAGCGGCGUCCCCGAGUCCCCGCUCCCCGCCGCGCUGCUCCGAGCAACGGUGCUCCGGGGCUCCAGACUCGGGCUGCCGGGGCAAGUGUCUUCAUGAACCCAGAGGAUGUCCGGGAAGCACUACAAGGGUCCUGAAGUCAGUUGUUGCAUCAAAUACUUCAUAUUUGGCUUCAAUGUCAUUUUUUGGUUUUUAGGAAUAGCAUUUCUUGGAAUUGGACUGUGGGCAUGGAAUGAAAAAGGAGUUCUGUCCAACAUCUCUUCCAUCACUGAUCUCGGCGGCUUUGACCCAGUUUGGCUCUUCCUUGUGGUGGGAGGAGUGAUGUUCAUUUUGGGAUUUGCAGGGUGCAUUGGAGCACUACGGGAAAACACUUUCCUUCUCAAGUUUUUUUCUGUGUUCCUGGGAAUUAUUUUCUUCCUGGAGCUCACUGCUGGAGUUCUGGCAUUUGUUUUCAAAGACUGGAUCAAAGACCAGCUGUAUUUCUUUAUAAACAACAACAUCAGAGCAUACAGGGAUGACAUUGAUUUGCAAAACCUCAUAGACUUCACCCAGGAAUAUUGGCAGUGCUGUGGGGCUUUUGGAGCUGAUGAUUGGAACCUAAAUAUUUACUUCAAUUGCACAGAUUCCAAUGCAAGUCGAGAGCGAUGUGGCGUGCCGUUCUCCUGCUGCACUAAAGAUCCCGCAGAAGAUGUCAUCAACACUCAGUGUGGCUAUGAUGCCAGGCAAAAACCAGAGGUUGACCAGCAGAUUGUGAUCUACACGAAAGGCUGCGUGCCCCAGUUUGAGAAGUGGUUGCAGGACAAUUUAACCAUCGUGGCUGGUAUUUUCAUAGGCAUUGCAUUGCUGCAGAUUUUUGGGAUAUGCCUGGCCCAGAAUUUGGUUAGUGAUAUUGAAGCUGUCAGGGCUAGCUGGUAGAACCCUCAACAGCUGCUGUUAAGACACUGGACAGACCCAGCCUUCGUGACCCUCCCACGUGCUGAACUGAUAUUCACACUGCACGGACCUAAUCACGGAGGCAUCCUGCAAUCUCACCUAAUGGAGCUGCCAAGAACUUGUUCUUGGGGGGGUUAGACUGGGAAAUGCUGCUCACUGACAGAAUUUAAAAAAAAAAAAAAAAGUGGGAAAGUCAUUGCGCCGUGAAUCUCUACUGUAGCCAUGAAUUUAUGGAUGGUUGGAUGCUUACCAAAAAAGAAAAAAAGAGAGGAUGGGGGAGCAGAUGUACUUGAAUUUGUGGAAAAGUCUUGUGUUUUACUUCCAUAAUUGGAGGGCUGGGAGGGGCUGUUUUGCUCUUCACCACACCCUGGAGGGCCUGCCUUCUGUUCCAUGGCCCGAAGAAGUGCAUCUCUUCUAAAAGUCAACCUCUUCCCUGGGAGGGCAGUGGUUUUUGGCAUCCUUCCAUGUACAUUUCAAGAAACUGUUGCAACUAUCAUCUGCGAAGAAAACAGCUUGUCUUUGGGUUCAGGUUUUGAGAUCGUCCUCAACAAGUAACUUGGUUGACCAACUUGGUCUUUCCUGGAGUGUCUCCUUAGAAGAAAAGUUGUGUAUUCCCUGUGCACUGAGCAAGUGCCUUGGAAGACUUCAUGAUGCCGUAUUUUAGCAGGACUGAUCUUUUUUCUAAGUAGGCCUAAGCUUUAUUUAUCAGUGAAAUCUAAGGAGAAAAUGAGGUUAAUGAAGAGGUAUUAGUUUAAUACUCCCUCACCCCCACCCCACCAAAUUAAGUAGUUGGAUUCUUUGGAAACUCUGGAAUACUCUGGGUUGUUUUAUUUGUUUUCUGUCUUCCAAUGUGAAAGCUAUGAUACAGUUCCUGUUAAAUUUUAAAAUGGUUUCUUACUGAACUCAAAUAUCAAUUUUUUUGUAUAAUCUUACCUGCAUGACUUGUGAAUCUGGACCCAUCAUCUCCUUUUCCAGCCUUCCUGCAAACGUCUAAAAAUGUUAUUUGGUCAGCAUUUAUUUCGUAGGCUCACGGCCUUGGGAGGUUGUGGUGUGUCCUCUCAGCCUGGCGGGGAAGAGACGAGCUGUGCCAUCACAAGUGCUUCCACGGACUCAACAGUCUCUCCCAGUGUCCAUCUUAGUGGCCUCUUCUGCACCCUCCCUUCUUUCUCUUUGAGUGGAAUUAAACUCAAUUCCAAAACAGUGUUGACACACUCAAGAAGCUUCUAAUGGGUCUUUUUAUUCUUCUUCUGGGUUUAGCUUGCUUUUGUUAAAAAAAAAAGUGCAUGGCCGAGCUUCGUGUUGCAGACUAGCUGUCAGGAAGGUAACAAAGCACAAGUACUUUGGAGGGGAGUGCCUCGAACUGGGGCAGUGUUCUGUGACACAGGAUGGGAAACCACUUCCAGGCGCUGCCACCCCUCCCCCACUCCAGGUGGGAGGGAUGAGUUUUGCCCCCACAGAUUUUAACCCGCCAGUGUCCACUGGCUGUUUCUCUCCUGGGGGAUAGAUAUUUAGUCUAUGGGACACUGAGAAAACCACAGGCGUGUUUUACGGUGGUGACACAUUUGCCAGCACAUAACUGGGCAGCCAGCUAGCAUACUUUGUGGAAAGUUAGCAAGGUUUUCCAUCUUAGCCCCAUGUUGCAUUGUGGUGGCUGAUGAGUGUGUCAAUCUGCUUAGAGAAAGGACAGAAAUUCUCUUAAAAUCUCAUCUCUGCAGUUUGGGUGUUUGUAUGACUCUGCAUGUGUGUGUUUGUGUCUCUGUAUAGGCAGAGAUGUUUGUUCCAUAUUUUGGCUUUUAGACUAUCUUAUUUUAUCCCUGCGCCCACCUCAGUUGUCAUUUAGUAAUGUCAUUCCACCAUGGAGAAGACAUGAGCUCUCCAAUUGGCACUUCUGUCUUUUGUUCAUUACCUCAUUCUCCAGUGGACUCCAUCUGACCAGUUGAUUCAGAUCAGGCAAGAUCCCCACCCUUUGGCACAUGGUGAAAGGGGAAACAGCAAGUCUAAGUGAGUUUUAAAUUUUAAUCACCCUUUAUUUUUUACACUUGAGAGUGGUUGUAAUAAAAGCUGUCAUUAAUAAACUUGGUUCUACCUUUCA